GAUUUCUUUGAAGAUGAGGUUUGAAGAAUUCAGGAUAUCCCGUCACUUAUAAACUUCUCGAUUUCUAUACUUAUCAUAUACUACACAUGUCCAUUUAAGCUUUUUUCGUGAAUGUUUGCAAGGAUGUAGAGAGGAUGUAAGGGAGGGAAAUAAAUCUCGAAAAGGUAGAUAGGAAUAGAUAGGGAAGCAGAGAAACAAAGAGAGGGAGGGAAAUAAAACAGUAAAGAGGGAAGACGACAACUGAGUGAGAACGAUGAGGGUGGGUUCUACUAGUGUAUAGUGACACGCGAGUAUGCAGGAAGAGUUAAAUGAAGUGGAAUUAAGAGAUAACUUGGGAUAUUACGAAACUGAUAAUAUUGUUGAUCGAGUAUCAAUAAAAAUUAAAGCGGAUAAUAAUGACAGUGUGUCGGCACUCAGAUUGUUGUUAAUUCGUAGCGAGUGAUCGUAACAAUGAAUACUAACCAGGAGGAAUAGUAGCAGUUGCAGCGUCUAAACAGCAGCAGGCAGUAGUUACAGUACCAGUAGCAUCAGUAUUACCACGGGCGACUAAUGAUUCAACAGUAGUACUAUACGAGUAGUAUCAUCACCGAUACGAGUAUUUGUGACAUUAUGAUAGCCCGAUACCGAGGCAGGAAGGGAUUGUCGUAGGGGAAUCACACAUAGCGAGAUAAUAUAGUAUAACAGUGUAUGUACAAGUCUAGCUGUAUUAUAUAUCUAAUUGUACCACCCAAGGUGGCAUAGAUUUAAAGCCCCAUCAGCACAUAUCCUCUCUUGAUAUUGACCAGGAUUUUGCGGGUUAUUUUUUACACGCCGACACUCACUCAACUGUUGUCGGUAUCAGUGUAGGGAGUGGUGAAAGUUGUCUGUUUUUUCGAAUUAUAUAUAGACUGACUUAAUUAAAAUUCUAAAAACUAAUAGAAAAUAAAACCAAACGAUCGACACCCGACAGCAAAAGUUAUUUUACGCGUAUAAUUUUAUUUUUGCUUGGCAAGUGACUCGGUCCACUUCUAUUCGGCCCCCUUGGGGAACGUUUGCUGCCUCCUCUUGUAGUCACUCGUCACUUCCGCCUCACCGGAAGCGAGGUCCAUGUGAACGGGCAGAAGUGACCCCACCGACACCGAAACCGUAGCGUCUGUACUACUGAAGAUGGAAGCUUCUGAAUUAUCUCCUCUGUCGGGAGCGGAUGCUCAAUCAAAAACCUUAGACACAGAGAGGAGAUCCUGCUACCGUGAGUCACCAAACAAAAGGCCGCUUAAUAGACGUGAAAGGAUUACGACAUGUCUGCGGCACAAUGCAUUGACUAUUCUUACUAUUUCUGGUGUGGUCGGUGGUAUCGCGAUGGGACUGAUACUGAGAAAUGCACGCAGUGGUUGGACUGAACGUGAAAUAAUGUAUGUCAACUAUGUAGGUGAACUGUUUCUCAGAAUACUCAAGAGUUUGAUUCUACCGCUUAUUAUUGCCAGCUUGGUAUCUGCUAUCGGUUCAUUAGAUUUAUCACUCAGUGGUAAAAUCGGAGCACGCGCUAUCACCUAUUACAUGAUAACUACUGUUAGCGCUGUUAUACUCGGUAUUAUACUGGUAAUCACUAUACAGCCAGGGAAGUAUGGUAAAAGUGAUAAUUCAUCAGAAGAUAAUGGCGUUGGUCCUCGAAAUGUUUCUACUGUUGAUACAUUGAUGGAUUUAGUCAGAAAUAUGUUCCCGCCUAAUUUAGUUCAAGCUUGUAUUUCUCAGUACCGCACUGUACUUACAAGACAACCGAAUAAUCCAUCUGGCGAUAUAAAUACAUGGAAAAUAGGAAGUGAAGAUUCUUCAGGAAUGAAUAUAUUAGGUCUGGUAGUGUUCGCAACCGUUCUCGGCAUAACUUUGGGUAAAAUGGGGCCUGACGGAAAGCCGCUGCUGAACUUUUUCGAAGCAUUGUCCUCAGCAAUGAUGAUAAUAACAAACUGGGUAAUCUGGCUGUCUCCAGUUGGUGUACUUUUUCUCGUCUCUUCAAAAGUAUUGGAGAUGAAAUCAUUCGAUGUAAUAUUAGGUCAACUGGGAAUGUAUUUUUUAACAGUAAUAGUAGGACUUGUUAUCCACGGCUUUAUUGUUUUACCUACAAUAUUCUUUAUAAUAACAAGAAAAAACCCAAUAAGAUAUAUUUCUAACAUGGCACAAGCUGUUGCUACGGCGUUCGGUACGUCUUCAAGUUCAGCGACUCUCCCAGUUGCUAUCGGCUGCUUAGAAGAGCGGAAUGGUAUUGACCCUCGAGUAUCACGUUUUGUGAUGCCUAUCGGUGCGACUAUCAACAUGGACGGUACAGCUUUAUAUGAAGCUGUUGCAGCUAUUUUCAUUGCACAAGUUCGCGAAAUUUCAUUGACUUUUGGACAGCUUGCUGCCAUCAGUAUUACUGCAACUGCUGCGAGUAUUGGAGCGGCUGGAAUACCCCAAGCGGGUCUAGUUACCAUGGUAAUGGUGCUCGAUACCGUAGGACUUCCAGCUAAAGACGUUACUUUAAUUAUAGCAAUCGACUGGCUACUGGACCGUUUCAGAACAUCAGUAAACGUUAUUGGUGAUUCAUUGGGCGCAGGAAUAGUCAAUUUUCUUAGUAGAGAUGAGCUAGCAGCAUUGCCACAUCAUGUACAAGCGAAAAACGGUGCUGAUAAUAACACAACGUCGAUAUGAACUGAUUCGUUAAACAAAUCAUGACAAUAAAUAUUUUUUUUUGGCCAAGAUAAGUAAGCGGCCAUUUAUGGAAUUAAAAUAUAAUUACAAUAAAAAAUAAUUAAUAAUUAAUACUAUUAUUAAAUUAAUUAUAGUAAAAAUGAUAAUCAAGGUACUAAAAAAUUUAUUGUAAGUUAUUUUUUCGACUUGGUUAAAAUUUAAUCACCGUCUAAGUGUUCUAGAUGCCUGAGUGUUUCAUUUCGUUUUCUACAUUAUUAUAUUGUUAUUAUUAUAAUAAUUAAAAUUGUUAUUUUAAUAAUUUUUAUUAUCAUCGAUGAUUGACUGAUUUAUUAAGAUAUUACUGUCUGAUAAAAUAUGUGAAAAUGUUAUUCAUUAGACAAUCAACAACGAACAAACGAAUUUUACUGAAAGUACAGUCAAACUUGAUGCAGUAUCAUUAUUAUUUAUUUUUGUUUCGGUUAUGGUUUAUUUUGUAAUCAUUUAUUAUUUAGAUAUUUAAUUUUAUUG